CCCACGUCUCCACCUAUUAAACUCCGACCUACGGAGGGUAGUUUAGGAACGGGCGUGGUCAGCACCCCGAUACAAUUCAAUAAAAUAUAUUCUAUUUAUUAAAACACUCGUGCAUGAUCAACACAAACGUGUUAGCUUCAUCAAGCUAACACACAACAAAGCUACGUUGAACACAGCUCGCCAUCAGGUAUCAAAGUGAAGGAACCCACUGGUGAACUCCGUGUCUUCCGCGCUGUGGGGCGCGUGGGUCUGUUAAUUAGCAUCAGGUGCGCGAUCUGCUGUCGGCAGGUGAUUCACGGAUCCAUUUAGAACCGGAUCCCCCAAAGACAGAGAAGGCCAGUUCCCAGAACAGAACCGGUACCUCCUGGUGCCAUCCUGACGUCGGGGUGUGUGUGAGGACCCGGUUGGUGCUGCCCCAGAGUUGAGCGCUCCUCCAGUCAUGAACCCCUACGGAACCACCAGCCUGACCUCUGGACCCUGUGAUAAUCCGUCCUCGUCCAGUCUGGUGCAUCCUCCUGUGAUCCAGACGGGUCAUAGCUCCGCUGUGAACUCUACCUAUCGGGCCUCAAAUGGAGGCCAACAAAUGGUCCAAUCACCGAACCCUGAUCGCUUCACUUUGCCGCUUCCGGCCACAGACUCUGGCUUCAGCCUCAGCCCAAGGUCUCAGUUCAGCCUGGCUCCAGUCUCCACUCAGUCACAUGUUCCCUCACCGAACCCGUAUCCUCCCCUCGACGCUCCUCCCACCUGCCAGAUCUCCGUCAUCCUCCCGUCCCCAGAACCGCGCCCCCCCCUCACCGCUCAGUGCUCCGAGGAGUCCUGUCCGGACCUCGAGUGCUCCAUCUGCUUCAGCCAGUUCAACAACAUCUUCCGCUGUCCCAAGAUGCUCCACUGUAAGCACACGUUCUGCCUGGAGUGCCUGGCCCGGAUCAACGUCAAGUCCACCGAGCCCAGCGCCAUCCAGUGCCCGCUGUGCCGCAGCUUCACGCCGCUGCCCUCCCUGGGCCUGCCCAAGCUCACCACAGACCCGGACGUGCUGUCCUUCCUGCCGGCGGCCAUGCAGAGGGUCUACAGCAUCCGCUUCCUCCGCAGCAAAGGGAAGCUGGAGGUCAAAAGGGCCCAUGAAGGUGGUCAUCGUUGGGGUCAGAGGUCGCUCUCGUCCCUGAGGUCAGGGAACCGCUCGCUGGACGUGGGGCUUCCCAGCCCGCCCCUCGGGGGUCGCCGCAGCGAGGCCGGCGGCGUGGGCGGAGCCUUGUUCAGCCUGACGGGUCGGCCGGCGUGCCGGGCCUUCCUCCUGACGUCUGUGGUGAUGAUGAUGAUGCUGCUGACGGGCGUCAUCAUCUUCCUCAUCACCCACAGCAAAACCUAACAUGUUCUAAGAUUUAAAGGGGGGAAAAAUACCACAACUCGCAUCGUCUCAUCUGCACCCAGUUAAUCAGCAUCGACGCACUUAGCAUUAAUUUCACAGCCAACACUCUGUUCAGGCACUACUUUAUUCUGUUUGAAGCAAAAGCCCAUAACCUUAACUCAGACCUUCCUCAGCUCAGUAUCAGGAAAGGAGACGGCUGAACAAAUCAGAGUCUGACCACUGACCCAAGUGUCAGGAACCACCGAGGCAGGAGGUUGGAGACGGUUUAAGGCUCCGGUCCCUGUCUGCUUGUGUUUGAAGGCACAGCCUCUGCUUCUAAACAGGAGUCAUAAAACGAGCUGAGCUGCGUAGGUGGAGGAGUUGUGCUGAACUGACCUGAGCCCAGGCCCGUCCCGUCAAUGGAUCUGUGACGUCCUUCACAUGAGAGGAGUUUAUUUCGGUGCUCGACUGAAGGUUUGCCCUGCAAAUCAGACCCGGAGCUCAUCUGUGGAACAUUUGUCUGGAGAAGAAAUGUUUUAUUCACUUUUAUGGACUGUUUUUAUUCUCUGUCCAGUUUCACCCACUCGUGUAAAAUAAAACCUUUUUUUAUCUAUUUAUGUAGCUGUUUUAGCAAAGCUGGCACUUUCACAUGUUUGUCUUAAUAAAUAAAAUCCUUGUUAAUGUAUUUGUCAUUUUUAGGUUACAGGGAAAACUCAGUUUUAAAUGCUUUUAAACGAGUGAAGUUUAAAUGAGGAAAAAUGAACAAACAUGAAU